UCCCACCAAAAUGGUUCACAAGUCAGGACUAUAUCUGCUCCUGGCCACCGCCAUCUGUGCUUUAGUUGGCUGCCAUGGUGCCAAUAUUUUGGGUGUCUUCCCCAGCCUAAGUCCCUCGCAUUUGAUCAUCCAAAUGAGCACGGCCAAAGUUCUGGCCGAGAGAGGACACAAUGUGACGGUGAUCACGGUGCUGAAGCCAGUGGUCAGCCACAAGAACAUAACAGUGAUCACGGUGCCAAUGACCAAGGAGGAGUCCCAGCAAAUGAGUGACACCAUUGGAGCGAUGUCGAAGAGUGACAACAGCAACAUGAUCCUGUCCAUGCUCCGCAUGAUGGGUCAGAUGGAAUUUAUGUUCAAUAAGAUGGCGGGUGCCCUCAAGGAUGAUCGUGUUCGAGAUCUCUACCUCAAUAAGGACAACAAGUUCGACCUGGUUCUGUCUGGAUACUUUAUGAACGAUUACCAGCUUGGAUUCGCCAAGAAAGUGAACGCACCUGUUAUCGUGGUUGCCACAAUGCCUCCCAAUCAACUGUUGAACCCAUUGAUCGGAAACCCCCUGGAGGUCGCCUAUGUGCCCUCAAUGAGUGAUUCCGUCGAGAAAGGUAAAGGGAUGUCCUUCCGACAGCGCUUGGCUGUUUACAGUUCCAGUCUCUCCUUCGAAAUUUUCAAUUUUGUAACGCAGAGGCGUUGUAAGAAAUUGUACAAGGAAUUGUUCGGUGAUGAUCCCACCAUGCCAGAGUACUCCGAAAUGCUAAAGAACACCUCGUUGAUUUUCUUCGCCUCCCACGCAGCCAGUGAGGGUCCCAUCCGACCAAAUGUUCCUGCUGCCAUUGAGAUCGGAGGAAUCCAAGUAAAGGACACGCCAGAUCCCUUGCCCCAGAAUAUGGCUGAAUUUCUGGGUAAUGCCACGGAUGGCGCUAUUCUUUUGUCCUUGGGUUCUAAUGUGAAAGGAAGCCACUUAAAGCCGGACACGGUUGUAAAGAUGUUCAAUGUAUUGUCGAAGCUCAAGCAAAGGGUUAUCUGGAAGUGGGAGGAUCUGGAGAAGACUCCUGGAAAGUCAGAUAACAUCCUCUACUCUAAGUGGCUUCCGCAGGACGAUAUUCUGGCCCAUCCGAACAUAAAGCUUUUCAUUAAUCACGCUGGAAAGGGUGGCAUAACCGAAGCUCAAUAUCACGGAAAGCCUAUGCUAUCCUUGCCAGUAUUUGGGGACCAGCCAGGAAAUGCUGACGUUAUGGUUAAAAAUGGAUUUGGCCUUACCCAGAGUCUGCUCUCUCUAGAGGAGCAGCCGUUCCAGGAGGCGAUCCUAGAGAUCUUGUCGAAUCCGCAGUAUUUUGACAAGGUGGCUUCGUUCUCCUCCCUCUACAGGGAUCGCCCGAUGACCUCUAGGGAAUCAGUGGUCUACUGGACGGAAUACGUCAUCCGGCACCAUGGAGCUGCCCAUCUUCAGAGUCCUCUGGUGCACAUGAGCUUCAUAGCCGCCAAUAAUAUCGAUAUAUAUGCUCUGAUUGCAGUCGUUCUAGUAAUUCUGGUACUACUUCUCAAAUUGCUGCUGCAAUUUAUCUAUAGGAAAAUCGUCUCGAAACCAAAGAAGGAGAAGAAGCACUAAAAGUUUUGUUAGAAUUCUAUACAUGUACUCAAAGUAAAAUUUCUCUUCC